GUUCGACCGUCCACGCUACGUUGCUCCAUAUGAUAAUAAUAUAAUAUUCGUAAUAUUUAACUCAUGCCAAAAAUCUCAUCGCACUCACGCACACAGGCAACGAUCCGAGCGCAACAGGACGGCCUCUUUCCUCUCCACUACCUCGCCUGCUUGCGCAAUGUCGAAUUCCCUUGGGAGCAGUUGUUAUCCUACGGUAUUUACCUGAUUUAAACGUCCACUCGCACGCCUCAACAUCGGAUACUCGUGUCAAUUCUGAUGAACACUUGCCAAAAUGCCGGGCAAAGUGAAGGUCAAGAUAUUGGCAGGGCGAAACCUGCCAGUGAUGGAUCGCUCCAGCGAUACGACGGAUGCUUAUGUUGAAAUAAAAUUUGGGAACACAACCUACAAGACGGACGUAUGCCGGAAAUCUCUGAAUCCCCAGUGGAACUCAGAGUGGUACAGGUUCGAGGUGGAUGAAGCUGAGCUACAGGACGAACCUCUGCAAAUCAGGCUGAUGGACCACGACACGUACUCUGCCAACGACGCCAUCGGCAAGGUCUACCUAGAUUUAAACCCGCUAUUACUGCCUGGCACUCCUCUUCCGGUCAAAAAUAUGUGGACUCUCGAGGCGUCAAUGAGCUCCAGCUCCAGCACUCAGGGAGAUCCCAUACCCACAGGCUCCGUAAUGAAUGGCUGGAUACCGGUCUACGAUACCAUGCACGGAAUACGUGGCGAAGUGAAUAUCAUCGUGAAAGUGGAAUUAUUUUCCGACUUCAAUAAGUUCAGGCAAUCUUCUUGUGGGGUUCAAUUCUUCUGCUCACCGAUAAUUCCGCAUGGGUACCAUGCUCAAAUCAUACAUGGCUUCGUGGAAGAGCUCGUCGUUAAUGACGAUCCUGAAUACAAGUGGAUCGACAAGAUACGAACUCCCAGAGCUUCGAACGAAGCUCGACAAACACUUUUUUUCAAACUAAGCGGAGAAGUUCAGAGAAAAAUUGGGCUCAAGGCACUAGAUCUUGGAGGCAAUGCCGUUAUCGGGUAUUAUCAAUGCUUUGAUUUGGAAGGUGAAUCCGGAAUCGUGGCAAGAGGCAUUGGAACUGCUGUUACUCUUGUCAAAAUGCACGAUUCAUCCAGUGUGCCAGCGGAGAAUUUGACCUCCGAAGAGCUUGCGCUGCUUGGCUUACCCCACAAAGCGAGUUUCGAAUGCCUAGAAUUAGACGAGAGUGUUCCCUUGCUUUCUCACUCCCCCGACCGUAGCCAAGCCGCGUCACUGUCAAGCCUGCAAACGACUAAAGUAAGCAGCAAGUUUCCGGGCUAUGGAAAGACUCUGAAGAAGCGUUCGAAACCGUUGAUCGUCGUGCCCAGCUACAGAUCUGCCGGAUCCAGCGGUAAAAUGCUCAGGCAUUUGUCACAGCAGUCGAGUUACAACAACCUCCGUCGGAGUUUCGACUCGAACAUAUCUUUGCCUGAGGACGCCGAUGAAUUGUCCCUCAGGUCAAUCCUUGCUCAGGAAGAUAUGAGGGGUGAGAUAGCGGGCAACAGGUUUUCCAGGGGAUUAAAGAACCUGCGAUAUCUGCCGCAGAGCAUGCUGUCAAAGAGGGUGAGUCAACUCAGAGCGAGGUUCUCCGACUCCUUUGACGAGGACCAGAGCGACCUGGACAGCACCUUCUCCAGCACCUGGUCUGUCAGCUCAGAGUCUGCCAGAUCCUCGAUAUCCGACCUCUACUCACUUGGCAGGAAUAAGAAGAGCAGCUCGAAGCGAAACUCGAGUGACGGAAUGGCCGCGCUCCUCAUCAGGUCUGUCCACGCCGGACUCGCCCUCGACAGCGUGAUGGAGGACCACGAAAGUCCCGCACCAUCGCCGAUCAGGAUCGCUUGCGAAGAGUUCGAGGCCCGGAUGGCCGAGUCGGAAGCUGGGACGCAGUCGAGCGAUCGGAAAGAGGAGAUCGCGGAGACGGAGGCGAAUGCGGACUUGACGUCUCGGAAGAGCUCCGAGAAAGUCAUCAAAAGCUUGACGCCGAAGCGUCGCCUUCGGGAGGAGGAGGAGGAGGACGUUUCGUCCGACGAAUCCGACACUGAGAGUUCGGAGGACGAGCCCUCGGAGUCGAGCACGAACUACAACAUACUCGACGAUUCUCUGACCCACGGAGAGCCUGGAUCGCCUCCCACGGGGGACGGAAAAUUGACGUCAAUCGGUUCGAAGCUGGAGGAGAAAAAGGACAGCUACUUCGAUCAUGAGGCGGGCAUCUUCACUACUGUUCCAACCGAAGAAAAGAAAAACCUUUCCGUAUCCAGCGAGCCGAUGUCCUCCAGCACCGAAAGUCGCGGCUCGGAUAUUUGGUUUGAGAAGCGGAAUUCCAUCGAGGAAGCUGAGCUCAUACCUCGCAGGGCAGCUUCCCCAUCUUUUUUGCCACAAAAUUACGGGGAGCUCCAUAUUCAGAGACCAGUACGCAACGACUCCAAUUUCAGUCGUGACGAGAAUCUCGAUGCCGCGGCAGAGGCAGUAGCGAACGACGGCGACACGAUUGCCAUCACCUCCAGUAUGACCGCCAAGGAAACGGAGUUCCUCGAUAGGCAGGAGCGCUUCGACAACCCUGCAGAUUCGAAACCAGCCGCUGCGAGCACUCCGACCGAGGACCAGAGUUGUGAAAUAUUUUUUCCGGACGUGGACCCUUGGGUGGAUGCCAGGACGGUCAGUCUGCAGAGAUCAGUGAGUCUGAAUGAGAGGGCGAUUCGAAGAUUCGUAGCGCCCAGCAGAAUCAGUUUGAAAAAAAAAUCAGAGUCAUUUAAAGCCGAAACGAAGAGAAAACUGAGUAUUUUCAAAAGCUUGAAUAUAUCGCCGGGUGGCAAGCACGCCGCGGAUAGUAAAACCAUUGCCAAAGAAGGGGUGGAAAAAAUGUCGUCGAAAAAUCACGAGGAAGCUGCGAAAAAGUCGGAAAAGACUUUGAAAAAGGUCGAAAGGAACGAGACAGUUAUAUAUCGAGGGUCUCCAAGAGACAGAGAGAAAGCCGAACCCCUGCAGAAGAUUAAGCCCGUUGCAAUAGUGAUUGAUUCAACCUCGAAGGAGGAUCACAGUCACCUUUCGGUCCCCCUGCUCAAGGUUACGGAAGUGAACGCCAAGAGCAACUUUGGGAGCGACGAGGGUGCCGUCAAGCCGAAAGAGCGGUGCGAACCACGGCCGGAAAUGGUGAGAAGUGCGGAGGACUUGGCACGGGUGGACAGAUUGCGGAGCAAGCAAAAACGACAGUGCAUGCUGGAGCUGAUCAAAAUCAUCGACACUAAAAUGCUCGUGCAUUCUAUGCGGGAUCGGCACAGAAACGAUUCGUCCCGGAGCCGAAAGCACAGGAGAGACAAGGUUGCCGCUAGUGUGACCCCUUCGCCCGAUUCUAUCCGAAAGCAUCGACACCGCAGGAGAACGUCAAGGUCCAAGUCCCCGGAAGAUUCCUCCAUCCAGAGCUACGGGACCGGCUCGUCCUUUGCACGACAAAAUUAUUCAUCGGCAUCCUCGAUCGGUUCUCGGCAUGCGCUUUUCACCCCUCACAAUCAGUCUGUCGGUAGCGGGGACGAGGCGAGUGGUUCGAGAGUCGGUUUUACCGUAAACCGGGAAAAACAAGGAACCCACUCAGGGGGUUCGGAGGCUCUUGAGAAAACCGAGGGAUGUUUGAUCGCGAUUGAACCGCCGAUCGUUGAGCUCGAAGCCGAGACCGAGACGGAUGAUAAUCGGGAAGACGCGGUCAAGACGCUGCAGGCGACUGCUUCGGCAACCCGAUUUGACCCUUCCCAAAAUCCUAGCGAUAGUAAAUUAGUUGACGUAGAGUUGAGCGAGCUUAGCUUUGGGUCAGGAUUAGAACCUCGUACUAACGCUGAUAGUAAUCUUUUAACGCCGGAGAAACUUACCAUCGUCUCGGUGGUGCGCAAAAGUCACAGCGAGUGCAACUUGAGAGAUGCGCAAGAGGGCGUUGGUACAACUAACAAUACUAAUAAUGCUAACACUACUGACAACUCGUGUGUGCCUUGCUAUCCCGAUCCUCGUAGGCAGCAACCGGAUGUCGCACCACCACCGGGUAACCCGAGCCCUGCGCCACCUUCGACGCCGACUCCCGCAGGCGUGAGCAACAAAAUAUCCAAGUCACCGGUAAUUAAGGCCAAUUCGGCCGUCCCGAUACACCGGAGAUCCAGCGACUCUGAUCUCAGUAUUACUCCGAAAGGAUAUUAUCGUAAACGUAACUCGCUAACCGGAAGCGACAGGUCGUCUAUGGGGGGUUAUUUGAGACCAGUGACUGCGGUGGUCAGACCGAUGAACCAGGAAGCACUUGACAUGCUAGAAUACCCCUUCAUUACCAUGCAGCAAUACCCGCCCGGCUUUAUACUGCACUUAGGCGGUACUGUCAGCGCCAGGUCCGUAAAGCUUCUCGAAAGAAUAAGCAACCUCGAAGAACCAGAGAGCCGCGAUGCUUGGUGGACUGAGAUUCGUAUGGAAGUUCGCUCCCACGCAAGGGCCCUAGCUUGCAAUGUGGUGUUGGGAUAUCGCGAGGAAACGAGCAUAUGCGACGACGUCUGCGUCUUGAGUGCCGCUGGGACGGCUGCGGUAAUAAACCUCCAGAACACAAGUCAGGAACCUGAUAACCCGUUGAUCAGUCGAAUUCAUCAGCGUGAAAUCACGACCACAUCCUUGGACAGGACGGACUUUGAGCGGGAAAAGGGUCAGCAGAAAGCUCAGCCAGCCAGCGCGUCAAAGAGCGAGAAGGGAGACAAAAGUGACAGUGACAAGGGCGAGGGAAAAAAUGAUCAGACCGAAGAAACGGCCGCCCGAGACGUCAACGGCGUUCAGGAUGCAAAGACAAGACAGUCCGACGGUACCGAGCAAACCUCGUCCCACUCAAUUCCGCUUCCUCCGAGCUCCUGCAGUGUGUGUCACUUGCCAUACAGCGAGAGCAGCGUACCUUUCAGGGUCAAGGUUCUGAAGUGCGCGAUUUGUCGCCGCGGCAAAGUACCGGACAUUCUGUUCACCACCAUCGAGCUGCCGGAAAGUAUUCCGAUAACCGGAAGAGGUUGCGUUGUCCAGGCGACAGUUUGUAGACCCAAGAGGGACCUCAGGGGCGAACUGAACGCCAAGGAGAUUUCCGACGGUCUCCCCUUCCUCGAGUACGAACUCCACAGCCUCUUGCUCAACAAAAUCAAGGUGAGGAGCAUGAACGCGCUGUUCGGACUUAGGGUCCAAGUCUCCAUCGGGGAGAGACUCCUGAUCGGGAUGGCGACGGGAACCGCCGUCUACUUGGCGCCUCUCCCGACCCCAGCGGUACCCAAGGUCACUGCCGGCAACUCUUGGAGCGAUGAGCAAAAACUCGCGGACAUACAGAAGUCCCUCAUCGAAACUGUGAAGAAGAACCGCGAAUUCUAUCAACUCAAGUCCUUGACGGAUAUGGAAAACGGCCGAGUAACAACGUCCGACACAGACGAAUCGGAGGAUGAGAUGCCGGAAAUCGACUUGGGGGCGGGUAACAAGGACGCCUGCGUCCUCGAGGUUGACGACAUGGAAGAAGUCGACAAGAUAUCAAUGCUGAUGGAAAACAGGCCGCCGGACGGCUUUCACGUUGUUAAUACGCAGAAUAUACCCGGACUCGAAGACCUCGAAAUAGUCAGAAACCUGCAGAUGUUCACCCAGCUGUGGCGCGCUAAGAUACCUGUCGGACAACCCGCCUCGGUAUCCACCAAAUAUUUUGGAAGAUUGUUGCAGAGCGUUUACUUCAAGCUGAGAAAAAUGGUGCCUUGUGCUCUUUGCGACCUUCAAUUCAAGGUCGAGCUCCCGGAGCCGGACGAAAUACAACUCUCUGUAGUUGGAAUGGCUCUUGGGUUGGGCGAGCCGACCAAGCUGAACAAGUACAAAAGAAAAGUUCUGCCGCAUUCGAUAAGCAGAGAUCAGGUGAAGAAAACAGACGAAAACGAUCUGAUAUUCAGCCUCGACGAGGACCACGUUAUGCCGGAGAACGCGGUGUCUACCGGAGCACCGAACACCUCGAGUCUGCACUCGGCAGGGCAAUCCGGAAGUCUGAUCCAGAGAUCGAGGCCUCGAUCACCCCUGAGAACGAGAGUGCAUACGUUGCACAAACAUAAACAUGUGCCUUUGAAGGAGAGAUACGGCGUCGACAUAACUCCGCUAUCCUACAUGCCCGGUGGAAGGAUUGAGAGGUAUCUCGGGAAUUUGAACUUCUUCUUCAUUCGCGAGAGCACAGCGAUACGAGAAGGUGGUGGGCUCAGCGGAUUUGUUCACAGUUUCGUCACGGAGGUUCUUGCGAUAGUUCGGGCCCACGUUACGGCACUCGGUGGAAAUGCAAUGGUCGCUUACUUCAUGACACAAUUGGUCCUCUGUCAUAGUCCCCACAAAAAUCAGGGUCAGUGCCUGAUCAACGUCGGCGGGGACGUCGUUUCGGUCUCUUACUUCGCGGACGACAGGCAUGCCGGGAACUUGGCGGGCUGACAUCAGCUUCCCUCCUCGGCGCCGUCCUAGCCGAACGAGCAGCGUGGCCUAUUCUCGACCCUCAAGGCCGUCGUCUCCGAGUUUCCUGAGAUCUUGGAGGCGUUGACCGAGGAUUAACCGAGACGAGGGAGGCCACCCUUUGGGACAGCUUCGAGACACCUUCGACGCGAGCGUCGACCAACUCCUGAUUCAAAUCGUUGUGAUCCACGGUGCUUAUAUGCGGUUCAAAAUCCGACGAGAUGUUUCCAUUCGGAACUGAAAUUUUACACCGUAUUGUUCAGUUUGCUUCCCCGUCUCUCUAUUUUCCCACCCGAAAUUGAGAAAGAUGUUUCAACUCACGGCUACUUGUCGCGCUUUAGGGUGGAAUCAAGGGGUGUUUUCACCGGAGCAAAAAUUGACACCAUUGUCACGUAUUUCGUGAAUACUUACAUUUUAUAGUACUGUGAUUAAAAGAGAUUACUUGACAAAUAAACUUUACUUUGAUUACGUGAUUGCUCGUGAUUUCUCAUGAUUUCUAAGAUUACAGAAAGAUUCCUGUAAUCCCAGUUAAUUUCUCAUGUCCGUCAAUGAUUAUCUUGGUGAUUACCAAUGCAGAAUUUCAUUCCAAUAACACUUAUUUCAGUGUGAUUUCGAAUGAUAUUGAUACCUCAUUGGCUACGGUGAAACACCACCCCUUGGCUGGAAUUGUUAGAAAUCCCGUAACUGAUUCGGCGGUUGCGGAAUGAUUUGGACAAGGCCUGGAACUGGAUGGCAUACCCUGUUCAAACGCUUCAUUCACAGCUGGCGAACAUUAUUUCACCGGUACCUAAUUACUCAACCGAUAUCUCCAUCGUGGUAUUGCAUGCUAUGCAAAGCUGUUUUUUUUUUUUUUUCGUUUCUUUCUUCAAUUAUUAUCAUAUCAACCGAUUGAUUUUUAGAUAAUUAAAUCAAUGUAUUGUAUAUCUAUACUAACCAAUCAGCGUUCGUAUACGGUUUAAGAUAUCGUUAUCACUACGUCAGUGAGAAAUUUUGCGAUAAUUUUUUUUUUUUUUUCAUACACUUGGAAAUUGCGUGUUCCUAUCGAAAGUUUUACAGAGUUGUGCCAAAGUCCGCAAACGUGAUUCACACAUCUGUUAUAGUGAUCAAAAUUCGAGAGCGAGACUGGAAGACUAAAUGGCUAUUUUAACAUUUUAUCAACACCCGUUCGCGAAAAGUAAUCUCAACUUCGGGAUGAACAUUCUGCUUGCCGUACGUCGCUCUUUUUAUACAUCGAUAUGUGUAAACCACAUAUCAUCACUCUUCCUCUCUAUUUCCCUUCUUCCUAAACUCUCUAUGGAUAAAUUAUAACCAAAAUGAUUUCUUUUUUUUCAUACUGACGAGAGUUGGAUCGAUCUACGUACAUACAUAUAUAUUGAAUCUUGUUCAUUUAUUUUCGAUGUCGGAAAAUUUUUUCGUUCCGUCGUAGCCUGUAUUAUUAUAGUUGGCAAUAAUGAUGCAUGUGUGGGAAAAAAUAACCCCGAAAGAGCAAAUCUAACGCGUGUGCUCAAGUCACUUCCCUUCGCGUUUGAAGGUAGAUAGAUAGAUAUAUAUAUAUAUAUAUAUGUGUGUGUGUAAACAUACGUAUAUAGUGUACAGACACGUGAAAGUUUUCUUCUUCUUUCUGAUCUAUCAAGUAUCAUGUUUUGGUGUACAAAAUGAUCGUCACCUCGACGGAGGUGAGGAGAUAUUAUUACCUUAUUGUACAUUAUAAAUAUGAGUAUCGUCAACGAUGGAAAUUGAUCGAUGUCAAUAACUGACGCAUUUCAACUACGGUAUUCUUAUAACUGGAAAUCAGUGAAUGUUUACUGAGGUCGAUAAAUUUCCGCUGAUUCUCAUUUACAGAUUAAGGUCAAAUAAAACUUGAAACUGCGGUGCUAGUCAACGACGAUCAGAGAAUAAUGCUAUGUAGGUAAUUUAACGAUAAUAUUCGCGAAUUCGAAACAGUUGGACAAAUGAAAUCCAGAAAAAUGUCUGCGGAAAAAGAAAAACGUUAAUAAUGUGAAAGUGGCGUAGAAACGAUGCUAUAGAUAAUGAUGAUAAAAUUUUAAGCAAAAUAAACGCAUUGCAGAAUUUCAAAGAAA